CAGUCCAACUAGAAGACUUCCCCUGAAACUGCUCCAACCUGAAAACGGAGCACCAUCUUGUUUUGUUUCAAUCCGAACAAAUAAUAUUACAGAUUGAGUUUUGGGAAAUUUUCGUCCAAAGUGGCAAAUCAUUACGUGAUAAGACAUGGGUUGCAUUUCUUCAAAAGUAUUGACUAGGUCUGGAAGCUUUAAGGAAGAGGUGAACCAAAGAAUAAUGCAUAGGACAGCAAAUGCCUUUCCCAUGCUGGAAGAAAUACUCGUCUCUAAGAAUGGAGGGGACCAGUUCCUUGCUCUUGUCUGCACUACCAACGCAGUAGCCAAGAGACUCCAUACUGAAAGUUUCAGUUCAGAAUCUAACGUAGGCAUCAAACCAUCCCUUGAUGUUAUGCAUCCUGAGAUGAUCAACACAUGGGAAUUGAUGGAAGGCUUAGAUGAUGAAGAACAACAACAGAAGCUACAAUCACCACCAAGAGUAGAGAGACCAAAAAAUUUAGAUAAGCAGUCUCAGAGUUUCCAUUGGUCAUCAGCAAGUGAGUCACCUACAGAAGUCAGCUUCAAUGUGGAAGAAUGUGGGUUGAAUGGGGAGAAUGGGGAAAUCAUACACCAUAGCAGCUUUCAUACUGCACAGGAAUAUGAUGCAAUGGUAGAAAGAAAUUUACUAUGGAAAUCACAGGACAAUAGGUUUGAAGAUUCAGUAGAGAACACGAAGGAGAAACUUCUAGAUGUUCAUGAAACUUCAUCCAAAAUGUGUAGUAGUAUUGAAGUUGAUGGAAAUGAUUUAUCCCAUCAGGGCGAGGGAGCUGCAGUUAACACAAAUAGCUUUAUUGAAGAGAUAGGGGUUGCAGAAACUUAUAAGCCUAAAAUUUCAAAAAAUGAAGCAACAAAUGAUUUCAUAAGUUGUAGUUGCUCAAAUUCUGAUGAGGUGAUUGAAUCAAUUGGAGAUGGCAUUGAAAAAGGAACUGCAAUGAAGGAAAGGGGCUUGAGAAGAAAGGCUAUGGCAAAGGGGCUAACAACACUCAAAAUUCAAUCCGCUAUUGAAUUCCCAUCCGUGGGAAGUCUAAAGGAAUGGCUUGAUGUAGGGGGACAACUGUUCUCUCCUGGUUCAUAUGUCACUCCCAAAUUUGGAUGUUUUAGUUUACCAUCUCCUACAAACAAAAAUGAAUGCAAUGAUGGCUCUGUUUUUGACAUGGAACUGGUGACUGCCUUUGAAGAAGCAAUGAGGCAGCUAAAGGAAGAGGAAAAAUACAUCCUGAAACAGAUUUCAGAUAAUUUGGAGGAAGAUGUAGCAGAUGAGAAUCAAGUGGAUCAGGAUACUUCACCCCACAGAAAAGAGGAACUGGGAUUGGCCUUGGUUCUUAAGUAGAGAUUAUAAAGGUUCAAAGUGGAACAGAUAAUUAGUAUUGUAGAAUAGAACACACAUGACUCUUCUUAGAACAAGAAGAAACUUUUCACAACUUACCAAUAGAAAAUAAAUGAUAAGCAUUUGGCCAAUGAUUAAGUUUGAGAAACAUUUUUUUAUUUAUUUUUUGGGUGAUGUGAUCAGGAGAGGAAGCUGCAUUAGUAGAUCUUAUACAUGUAUGUUUUGUAUA